CUUUCAUGUUAGGGCAGCGCCGGGUACCAGUCCCAGAUACGUGCAUUCACCACGGCCCUAGCUAGAUCUGAGCCGGGCGUUUCCGCGUUGGAAGGAAGUCUGAACAUGGCUGCCACACUGAGACCCUAUCUACAAGCUGUAAGGGCAACCUUACAGGCUUCUAUGUGCCUUGAAAACUUCUCCUCGCAGGUUGUAGAAAGACAUAACAAACCAGAGGUGGAAGUCAGGAGUGGAAAGGAGUUGCUCCUUAUGCCAGUAGUCAUCAGCCGAAAUGAGAAAGAAAAAGUUCUGAUUGAAGGAUCAAUUAACUCAAUCAGAAUAAGCAUUGGUAUUAAACAAGCUGAUGAAAUUGAGAAGAUCUUGUGUCACAAGUUCAUGCGCUUCAUGAUGCUUAGGGCGGAAAACUUUUUUAUUCUCCGACGAAAGCCUGUUGAGGGUUAUGAUAUCAGCUUCCUCAUAACCAACUUCCACACGGAGCAAAUGUACAAGGACAAGUUAGUAGACUUUGUCAUCCAGUUUAUGGAAGAAAUUGACAAGGAGAUCAGUGAGAUGAAACUUAGUGUCAAUGCCAGGGCCCGUAUUGUUGCAGAGGAAUUUCUGAAAAAGUUUUAAGAUAUUAGAUGCAGCUUAAUGGAAGCUAAUAAGGGGCAGCUAAAGAUGUGAUCACUCUUUUCUGUUUGAAGCACCAGACAUCAUAGGAGAAAACAAGCUGUUUUGUAGGUUUGGCUUUAUUACACGUAAAUAGGAUCCUGUAUACAGGGGAUUUUGGAACCGUGUUCAUGACUUCAUAACUUCCUUCAACCAGGUACAUAGACGUGUUUGGGUGUCAGUUGUACAUCUAUCAAGUGCUACAGUUGAGAUGGUCUGCAACACAUUUACUUUGUUAAAUGGCAAAGUUUUCCAAGUAUUUCUCGACAAAUUAAGGCAUUUUUGCUUUGCUGUCAUUUUGAGGAGACACUCUUCUUUUCACAGGUUAUCUGUUCAAAUUGUAAACUCUAAAUUUGCCUACUGAAAGGUAUUUGUGAGAAAACUUUUGCUCACUGGCCCACUUUGAUACAUGUACACUGAAACAACUUGAAACUACCCCCCCAAAAAACCCAAAAUAACACAGCAAAAUAGCCUAACUUUUGGCAAAUUCUAGUACAGAAAUAAGCUGUAAUAUUUAGGGCCUUUAAAUAGUCUGUGUCAAGGGGAAAAUCUUGUGUAUGUUCUGUUCAAACUUGAAUGCUCCUUUCAGGAAUAUUUGUGUUCCCUUUUGAGAAUUCGUAGUGGUCCUACAUAUUCCUAUUGGGAACGUGCCAUUCCCAAGUUGACAUUCACCGCUAUCCAAGUUACAUGUAUGCCCUGUAAGAACGAAGUGUUCCCGAAAUGCAACAAGUAAUUGCUGUCAAUGGAACAUUCUAUAGCAUUCCAAUUUUUGAGAUUUUCCCUGAACUAGAUUUUGAGGUGAAAGAACUUGAACUUGAAAUAUUUCUUUUACCUGUUACAAUUCUUUUGGGGGAGUUAAGGCUCUCUAAAAAGACAAUUACAUGUAACUCAGAAUGGCUUUCAGUUACCAAGGAGAAGUAGUAAAGAUCAGUCAGAGAUUCUAACAAUAAAUAGCAUUAUUUUGUACUCAAAUACCAAUGGUUUUCCGCCUCUUUCUCCAUGUUUACCAUAUCUUUCACUUAAAUGUGACCAUAAAAGUUCAAUACAUAAUCUAGUAAAUGUAAAAAUAAAUUAAAGCAAUAAUACAUAAUUCCUUUCGUACUCCCCUAGGGAACACUCAAACCUGUACCCCCCUUACAUGACCUUUCAGUUUGAAUGAGUUUAUGCUUUUAGAUAGCAUUUUAAAUACUCAUUAAAAAAAUCAACAGUAGAAAUGUUCAUAUGUAUAUUGAUCAUAAUACAUUGUUGGAAUCAGCCUGUGUUUUUUGCAAAAAUGAAAUAAAUGAGACUUAUUUCCAACAGGGAACACUGACAUGUUGUCAGUUUACCAUUGCUAGCUUGGUUCAUAAUUUAUUUGUUUUUGCAGGCACUUUGUAGGUUCAUUACAUGUACAUGUAAAAGUGUCCAAUUUUUGUUAUAAUGUAUGCAUAACUAAUACUAGUUGUAAAGUUAUUUGUUUACUCAUGUAAAGAAUUGCUCUUUUAGGAGAAUGCUUAUUUUCUGCAUAAUGUGCAAAUAAGACUUGAACAAAAAUUUGUUUUUCUUUUAAAGAGAAAUAAAAUUAAAUCCUCGGGCUUCUUGGAACUGAGGGAGUCUUUUCCUGUGCAUGUUUUCACAAGGAAGUACACCCUGUAAACUAUGUUCACUGUAAGACCAGGCCAAAUAAUAAAUGGACUGUCUUUGACGUUAUUUGAAUUUGGGGAACUGUCCUCACAAGUACACAUUCCACGCCAAGUUUCAUCAAAUUUGGAUGCACUAGUCUUGAAUGCCUAAUUUUGGAUGCAAGUUGUGGUAAAAUGUUAUUCGGACCAUUAAAAAGUAAACAUUUCAAGUUGGCAGUGCGGUUUAUAUGACCAUUGUACAAAAAAAAAAUGCUUCAUCUGGUUUGGCAAAAGGUAUGCAGACGUAUCAAUCAAAUUAUGAACUGCUUUGUUUCUUUGGGGUCAACUUAUCCUGAUUAGUAAUGUUUAUGGUUUAUUUCUUAGCUUCUAGGUUCUAUUUACCGUUUUUAUUUAAUGAUAAAAUUAGUGACAGUUCAACACGAACGCGUUCCAUACCAGCAGAAUUUAGACACAUUUUUAAUAGUUGCAUAGCUUUUCCAGAUUAAUGUGUAAGAUCAAUCUUCAAUUUGCCCAUUUGUUUAGCAGUGUACUAAGGGUAAAUAUUGUUGCAUACAUGUAAAAAAUUACAUGCAUUUUUUUUCUGUGAAAUUCGUAUGUCAUUACACACCUUUCAAAUUGCAAAAUAAAAGCAACGCAAGAAUUUCUAUA